CACGCAGUUGUGUGCAAUUCAAUCAUCACGUUGCUUGUUGCUUUUAUGUUCUUGUCAUUUUUUUUUCCACAACAGCCUUCAUUUUUAGUCUGUUCUAAAAAAUCUACAAGUGCAAUAAAAAUAUAUUUGUUCACGCAACCCGUGCAGAUGAUGUUCUUUGGAAAAUCGCCAAGGCUAGCUGACGCAACUGCAGGCUGAGUUAUAAAUUUGGCUGUGCUCCCGAGCUGCUAGAAGCUUGAAACUCCUGUUAUAUGAUGAUAGUGCAUUGCGGGCCUCUUUCCUUAGUAUUAUUAUAAUGCCUGGGUAGUUUCAGUAGUCGUAGUAGUAUAGUAAAUGGUGAUUUUCCAAUAUACCCAGAGCCAAGUGCAGCUCUCGAGAGAGAAAGAGAUGCAGCUGGCUAAAGACUCAGUCGCCGGCAUCGUUUUAAGAUUAAGAAGUACAAAGAAUAACAGUUAUAAAUGACUGAUUCUACAACAAGAUCUAGUCGAAACAAAUCAGUCAAAAUGCAGCUGACGGCAAUUUCUUUGAAUCUACCAAAUCCAACAGUCAGCACUGGAUUGACCAGUCCAACUGACGAUUUCCAAGAUGAGAGUACAAAUAAACUGAUAGCUUACUUGCACAGCCUUGCCGGCAACCAUGAAGUUGAAGCUAAUAUGAUAAUGAAAGAUCACAAUUAUGCCAGGCCCUGGAACUGGAAACCUGAAAGCGUAUUUGUCAGGCCUAUCAAGAAAAUUUUUUUUUCAAAAUCUCACAACGCAGUCGCCAAAGAAAAAGAGGACGACGAUCUUAUUGAUGUAGAGGAGAUAGACGAGGAACCACCAGUGCCUCCCUUUGAUCUAUCGAAAAUUCGACAGACCAUGGCUGAAUUUCAGAGAGUAUCAAACUUCAUAAGAACCGAAGAUGUGGACGAUUGGGAAGAGAAAAUCGACAAAAUUCUUUGGUCACCUGUGCAAAAGCGAAUUUUCGACAGAGUUGCCAACAUAUUGAGUCACGAAAGAAUGGUGAGACUAACAAAAGAAAAAACCGUUCACGAGCCAAUUUUACGACGCACGAGCAUUGAUUUGACGGCAAAAAAAUUUCGUGAGGCACUGUCGUCUGCUCAUUGGGACUGGAGAGUCACUCAGUGGUUGCACAGUUUGCUCUUUGAUCAUUUGCCACAAGAUUACCUGACUAUUUACUUGGAUAUACUGCAAAGCUUGAGACAAAAAAUACCUCAGCUCAUCGACAAAAUGAUCACGGUACAGCCAAAUGGUAAUUCCAAGGGUAACGCUGUUACGUGGGAAACACUCGGGCCUCUGUUAAAAAAAUCUUGGGAUCCUGUUGCUCCAAUGUUAAACGUCUUCAGACCGAAAAAACUACCCGGCAAUCCAGUACUGAUAAUCAUUCCCAAUGGAAUGUCGAGCAGUGUCACAUCUCGUCAACACAAGUGGACAACACAAUUGGGGAUGCUAGGCACUGUCGUCACUGUAAAUGCAAAUCUCAGUUUGAAUGCCAACAGAAUGACUGUAUUGAAUACUCUUGAACAGUUGGUACAGGCAUCCAGAACCAAGAUUCAGGAUGUAAAAGUAGAAUUGCCUAACAGGCCAAUUAUCUUGAUUGGUUUCAACACCGGAGCUGGCAUAGCGUGUCAGGUUGGCUUAUCAGAGCAUGUGACAGCAAUCGUGUGUCUGGGCUUUCCUCUGAGCACGGUAGACGGUAAGCGAGGAUCGUCAGAUGACCUCAUGCUUGACCUCCGCUGCUCAGUGAUGUUCGUUAUUGGCGAGAAGGCAUCGGUGGCGCGCGUUGACGAUGUCGAGGCCAUGCGCGAGCGUAUGCUUGUCCCAACGAGCCUCGUCGUCGUGGGCUCGGCUGACGAUCAAUUGCGGAUUCCCACGUCGAAAAAGAUGACCGAACGGCUCAGUCAAGGUAUCGUGGACAGAUGCGUGCUCGAAGAGAUUGCGGAUUUCGUGGGCGGCGUGCUCACGCAGCCGACUCCGAUGCCCGUACGCACGACGAAUCCUGAUAACAAGAACAGAAGAACCAACGACUCGAGAAAACGCAAAAAUUCAACGAGCAGCUGUUCGCUGGACAGCGAGCCUCAGUCGCCCUGUGUGAAGAGAGGAAAGACUCAGUCUCCAUCGCAAGCCAAUGUGCACAAUAAUGUCUCGGGUAUUUCGACCAAUGCACCAUCCAGAGGGGCUAUGGUUAAGCUAACAGGAACGCAAAGCACACAGACACCCAAGAGAAAAGCUAGGGUGAAUUUCCAUAACUUCUCGGAGCAACAGGUAUCGUCGCAACUCGCCUCACAAAAUAUAGACAAUUCAACGGGUGGGAUCACUCUGAAUAUCGGCUCCCUGGCAAGUCUAGCACCUGUAGGUCCAAUACGAUUCGAGUCCACGCCCAUAAGUCUGCAAGUAUCACCGGCGGGUACUAAAGCUGGUACGGUUAAGACUUCGACAAAUACCUGUAUUAAAGUAACGAAAGGCAAUCAAGUAAACACGAUCGGGGGUACAGGGCAGAACGUUGGUAAAAUCAAGAUGCUAAUGCCAACGAAAAAGGCCACCUCGCAGCGUGCAUCUUUGAAUCACAAAAACAUUAAUGUCACUGAGAAAAUGGGUGAUAAGAUGUCCAAUGCCCCCAAUAAUGUUAAAGCGCAACAGGCUGCUGCGGCAACCAUUGCUACGAAAGCUUCUGCUGAAAGUGCCUCAAAUUUUGGUCCUUUGCCGGGUAUCCAAACAACAAAAAGUACUAUGAAUUCCAUCCAUGCUGCAACAGCAAAAUCAACUGCAAAUGUUGUUUUUGCACCAAAAAAUACAACAGUGGCUACAUCAGCGACAUUGGCAUCGUUAAUGACACCCUCUAAAGUAACGGACGGCAAGAAUGCUCUGAUUGGCUGUAACAAGCGGCAACAAGUACAACUCAGUAGCAGCGGUGCCAAGGCAAGAUCCACCACGCAGACGAGCCGCUCCUCGAAGACUUCCUUCCCUUCUUCUUUUCCCAAGAGUUCCAGCUUGGACAAACAAGCCAAGCAAGCUCCUCAUAAUGCCCCCACCGUCCAGUCGAUGACUGUGGACAAGAGCGCUACCAAGAGGAGCUCCGAAUCUAUCGAUACCAACCGAUGCAAGACGACGACGAGUAGAGAUCAGCUCAAUCCAAGCAUACCCACGAACAUCAACCUUGACGUUGGCUUGGAGAAUAUUCUCGACAUCCCAAUAAUUAUCGCCAAGGACGAUGAAAAUCUCAAAAAUUUUGGCAGCCUUUCAAAGUUGGACACACCAUCCCUUCUGUCCUCAACUGCAUCUAAGAAAGCGUGCCCUGGUACUAUACCACCACCUCUGAAAGUCUGCAGCAAUAAGGUGUACUUCAUUAACAGUAGGGUCCAGCCUACUUUGAUUCAGCCACAAGUCAGCAGCGCAAGUAGGACAACCAACUCAGCUCAGACGCAGAUCAAGUAUACCCAGAUCAUUUUGACAAAGAGGACCGACGUCGAAGAGAAGUCCAAUCCAGUUAUGCUGUCCAAGAAUAAUGGUAGAACUCACGCUAACAAACUGUUGUUCAUCGAACGCAAGACGGAUGUCAAAUACAUCCAAGCAGCACCAAGACUUUCUGAGGACUUCUUGGGAGAACUGCAGCCCAACGCGAAUGAAUCAGACAGCAACAAGAAAGCUUGAUAAAUUAGGGAUCCAAUUGGUUACCAUAAAUACAUAUAUAUGAUUACGUAGAGAUUUUUAGUUACAUUAUAAACUUGCAGUACAUGUGUAUGUAUGUUUGUAAAUGGUAUUUUAUAUUUUUGUAGAUACUAAGAUUUCUGCUUUGAUAUUGAGCAGUGCUUAAACCAAGUGCAGAAAGAGAUAGUUUACAAAUGCGUAGAUUUAAAUGUAAAUAUAUUGAAUUUUUUAAAUUCUUCAUUCUUUGAUUAGAUACCUAAAUGUUAAUAAAGACUGACUGAUGAAUUUCAUUAAAAAUGUAUUAAAAAUAAUUUAAGAAGAUUUUUGUAAUUUAAAAGAUUUUACAAAGGUUAAAAUUUAAUGAAAAAUAAAAGUUUCAAAGCAUUUGACUGGUUUUAACUCCUAUUAUUUUUA